GGGCCGCGCGCUUUGAACGGCGGCGGCGGCGGGGCCGCAUCGCGCCUGCGCGGCCGCUCUGUCAGCGCGGGGCGGGCCAUGGCGGCGGGCGGCCGCGGCGGGUUCCGCGCCCUGGCGCUCGGCGUCUCCUUCCUGAAGUGCCUCCUCAUCCCCGCCUAUUAUUCCACAGAUUUUGAAGUGCAUAGGAAUUGGCUUGCCAUCACUCACAACUUGCCCCUCUCUCAGUGGUACUAUGAAGCAACUUCAGAAUGGACCCUGGAUUAUCCACCGUUUUUUGCCUGGUUUGAAUACGCACUUUCGCAUGUUGCCAAGUACUUUGACCCCAAGAUGUUGGUUAUAGAAAAUCUAAAUUACACCAGUCAUGCAACCAUCUUCUUCCAAAGAUUUUCCGUCAUUUUUACAGAUAUUGUUUUCAUAUAUGCAGUUUACGAGUGCUGCAGGUGUGUAAAUGGAAAACGAGCUGCAAAGGAUAUCCUGGAAAAACCAACAUUUAUUCUUGCUGUUCUGCUCUUGUGGAAUUUUGGGUUGUUAAUUGUGGAUCAUAUUCACUUUCAGUACAACGGCUUUUUGUUUGGGCUGAUGCUUCUUUCUGUUGCUCGACUGUGUCAGAAAAGAUAUUUGGAGGGCGCUCUUCUGUUUGCUGUUCUUUUGCAUUUCAAACACAUCUACAUGUAUGUGGCCCCCGCAUACGGCAUUUAUUUGUUACGAUCCUAUUGUUUUACUGCAAAUAAUGCAGAUGGAUCCCUGAAGUGGAGAAGCUUCAGCUUUCUUCAUGUAACUCUUCUGGGACUGAUUGUCUGUCUUGUUUCUGCUCUUUCAUUGGGUCCCUUCAUAGUAUUGGGCCAGUUGCCUCAAGUCAUUUCACGGCUUUUUCCUUUCAAACGAGGCCUCUGCCAUGCUUAUUGGGCUCCUAACUUCUGGGCUUUGUACAAUGCCAUGGAUAAAGCACUAACAAUUUUUGGUUUAAAGUGUAAUUUUCUUGAUCAUACAAAAAUUCCUAAAGCCUCCAUGACAGGAGGACUGGUUCAAGAAUUUCAGCAUACUGUCCUCCCUUCUGUGACUCCACUGGCAACAUUAAUCUGUACCUUCAUAUCUAUAUUGCCCUCUGUUUUCUGUCUUUGGUUUAAACCUCAAGGGCCCAGAGGCUUUCUACAGUGCCUUGUUCUUUGUGCGUUGAGCUCCUUCAUGUUUGGCUGGCACGUGCAUGAAAAAGCAAUACUCCUUGCUAUUCUGCCUUUAAGCUUGUUGUCUGUUCAGAGAGCCAAAGAUGCUGGCAUCUACUUGAUUCUGACAACAACAGGGCACUUCUCGCUUUUUCCAUUGUUGUUCACACCACCAGAACUUCCAAUUAAAAUACUGCUUAUGCUGCUGUUUACCGUUUAUAGCUUCUCUUCGUUGAAAUCUCUCUUCAGGAGAGAGAGGCCUCUCCUUAACUGGCUUGAAACAAUCUACCUCGUCCAGCUAGUGCCUUUGGAAAUCUUCUGUGAAAUUGUAUUUCCUCUGACCCCCUGGAAACAGCACUUCCCUUUUGUCCCUCUGUUGCUGACCUCUGUGUACUGUGCUCUGGGUGUCACGUAUGCUUGGCUGAAACUCUACAUCUCUGUCUUGACUGAAAGAAUUUCUGUUAAACAAAAGGCCGAGUAAAGCCACGGUGUCGGGACCAGUCCCAAGUUACCCCCCUGCGGGGAUUAUCCAGCACGGUGAGGGGUUGUCACAAGGACAUACGACUCCUGAUAAGACACAGCAUACGUGUACCAUCACCAUGAGGGAAGUUUUUUGUCCAACACUUCUAUACUGCCCAACGAGGAUACCUCUGAUCAGAAUUGCUUGUCACAGUAAAGAGGGGCACAGUGAGAUGCCACUUGCCAUGGAUAAACUGUGAAGCUUAAUAAAGUCCAGACUUCUGUCUUGAGGAAAAACCUGCCUGGCUUUCCCAUUCCUGUUUGUAUUUGAAUAAAAAUUACUGUGGCAUAUUACCAGGGAUCAUUGCUGUGUAGGAGAGCAUUGUAACUGUAUUCUGUGGACUAUGUAAAUUAAAAACUUGAUAUUUUUUGUUUUGAGUA